AUGGAACCUGAAAAACUGAAAACACAUCCGUCGCCACUUCUUAGAAGACGCCAAAAACACACACAAAAACGUGGGCACCACAGAUGGGAAGAGACUUUGAACGUUGCUGAUGACCGAUCACUAGCACAACAAGUCACUGACACUAGUGCACAACAAGUCCCUUGUACUAGUGAGAGCAAUAGAGACUCACAACAAGUCACUGACACAAGUGCACCACAAGUCACUUGUACUAGUGAGAGCACUAGAGACUCACAACAAGUCAUUGACACUAGUACUCCACAAGUCACUUGUACUAGUGAGAGCACUAGAGACUCACAACAAGUCAAUGACACUAGUACUCCACAAGUCACUUGUACUAGUGAGAGCACUAGAGACUCACAACAAGUUACUGACACUAGUGCACCACAAGUCACUGACACUAGUGCACCACAAGUCAAUUGUACUAGUGAGAGCACUAGAGACUCACAACAAGUCAAUGACACUAGUACUCCACAAGUCACUUGUACUAGUGAGAGCACUAGAGACUCACAACAAGUCACUGACACUAGUGCACCACAAGUCAGUUGUACUAGUGAGAGCACUAGAGACUCACAACAAGUCACUGACACUAGUGCACCACAAGUCACUUGUACUAGUGAGAGCACUAGAGACUCACAACAAGUCACUGACACUAGUGCACCACAAGUCACUUGUUCUAGUGAGAGCACUAGAGACUCACAACAAGUCACUGACACUAGUGCACCACAAGUCACUUGUUCUAGUGAGAGCACUAGAGACUCACAACAAGUCACUGACACUAGUACUCCACAAGUCACUGACACUAGUGCUCAACAAGUCACUUGUACUAGUGAGUGCACUAGAGACUCACAACAAGUCACUGACACUAGUGCACCACAAGUCACUUGUACUAGUGAGAUCACUAGAGACUCACAACAAGUCACUGACACUAGUGCACCACAAGUCACUUUGAGAGCACUAGAGACUCACAACAAGUCACUGACACUAGUGCACCACAAGUCACUUGUACUAGUGAGAGCACUAGAGACUCACAACAAGUCACUGACACUAGUGCACCACAAGUCACGUACUAGUGAGAGCACUAGAGAUUCACAACAAGUCACUGACACUAGUGCACCACAAGUCACUUGUACUAGUGAGUGCACUAGAGACUCACAACAAGUUACUGACACUAGUGCACCACAAGUCACUUGUAAUAGUGAGAGCACUAGAGACUCACAACAAGUCACUGACACUAGUGCUCCACAAUUCACUUGUACUAGUGAGAUCACUAGAGACUUCGAGUUUUUGACUUGUCACAAGACUCACAACAAGUCACUGACACUAGUGCACCACAAGUCACUUGUACUAGUGAGAGCACUAGAGACUCACAACAAGUUACUGACACUAGUACUCCACAAGUCACUUGUACUAGUGAGUGCACUAGAGACUCACAACAAGUCACUGACACUAGUACUCCACAAGUCACUUGUACUAGUGAGUGCACUAGAGACUCACAACAAGUCACUGACACUAGUGCACCACAAGUCACUUGUACUAGUGAGAGCACUAGAGACUCACAACAAGUCACUGACACUAGUGCACCACAAGACACGUACUAAUGAGAGCACUAGAGACUCACAACAAGUCACUGACACUAGUGCACCACAAGUCACUUGUACUAGUGAGAUCACUAGAGACUCACAACAAGUCACUGACACUAGUACUCCACAAGUCACUUGUACUAGUGAGUGCACUAGAGACUCACAAGUCACUGACACUAGUGCACCACAAGUCACUUGUACUAGUGAGUGCACUAGAGACUCACAACAAGUCACUAACACUAGUGCACCACAAGUCACUUGUACUAGUGAGUGCACUAGAGACUCACAACAAGUCACUGACACUAGUGCACCACAAGUCACUUGUACUAGUGAGUGCACUAGAGACUCACAACAAGUUACUGACACUAGUACUCCACAAGUCACUUGUACUAGUGAGAGCACUAGAGACUCACAACAAGUCACUGACACUAGUGCACCACAAGUCACUUGUACUAGUGAGAGCACUAGAGACUCACAACAAGUCACUGACACUAGUGCACCACAAGUCACUUGUACUAGUGAGAGCACUAGAGACUCACAACAAGUCAUUGACACUAGUACUCCACAAGUCACUUGUACUAGUGAGAGCACUAGAGACUCACAACAAGUCAAUGACACUAGUACUCCACAAGUCACUUGUACUAGUGAGAGCACUAGAGACUCACAACAAGUUACUGACACUAGUGCACCACAAGUCACUGACACUAGUGCACCACAAGUCACUUGUACUAGUGAGAGCACUAGAGACUCACAACAAGUCAAUGACACUAGUACUCCACAAGUCACUUGUACUAGUGAGAGCACUAGAGACUCACAACAAGUCACUGACACUAGUGCACCACAAGUCAGUUGUACUAGUGAGAGCACUAGAGACUCACAACAAGUCACUGACACUAGUGCACCACAAGUCACUUGUACUAGUGAAAGCACUAGAGACUCACAACAAGUCACUGACACUAGUGCACCACAAGUCACUUGUACUAUGAGAGCACUAGAGACUCACAACAAGUCACUGACACUAGUGCACCACAAGUCACAUACUAGUGAGAGCACUAGAGACUCACAACAAGUCACUGACACUAGUGCACCACAAGUCACAUGUACUAGUGAGAUCACUAGAGACUCACAACAAGUCACUGACACUAGUGCACCACAAGUCAGUUGUACUAGUGAGAGCACUAGAGACUCACAACAAGUCACUGACACUAGUGCACCACAAGUCACUUGUACUAGUGAGAGCACUAGAGACUCACAACAAGUCACUGACACUAGUGCACCAAAAGUCACUGACACUAGAGCUCCACAAGUCACUGACACUAGAGCUCCACAAGUCACUGACACUAGAGCUCCACAAGUCACUGACACUAGAGCUCCACAAGUCACUGACACUAGAGCUCCACAAGUCACUUGUACUAGUGAGAGCACUAGAGACUCACAACAAGUCACUGACACUAGUGCACCACAAGUCACUGACACUAGUGCACUACAAGUCAAAGACACUAAAACAUCAAAACUAGUCAAUGACACCAGUGCACCACAACAAGUCAGUGACACUAUAGCAUCAAAACAAGUCAUUGAUACAAGAACAUCACAACAAAUCAUUGAUACAAGAACAUCACAACAAAUCACUGAUACAAGAACAUCACAACAAAUCACUGAUACAAGAACAUCACAACAAAUCACUGAUACAAGAACAUCACAACAAAUCAUUGAUACAAGAACAUCACAACAAAUCAUUGAUACAAGAACAUCACAACAAAUCAUUGAUACAAGAACAUCACAACAAAUCAUUGAUACAAGAACAUCACAACAAAUCACUGAUACAAGAACAUCACAACAAAUCAUUGAUACAAGAACAUCACAACAAAUCACUGAUACAAGAACAUCACAACCAAUCACUGAUAAAAGAACAUCACAACAAAUCAUUGAUACAAGAACAUCACAACAAAUCACUGAUACAAGAACAUCACAACAAAUCAUUGAUACAAGAACAUCACAACAAAUCACUGAUACAAGAACAUCACAACCAAUCACUGAUACAAGAACAUCACAACAAAACAAGAACAUCACAACAAAUCACUGA